GAUUAACCAGAUUCCGGCCACGUUCAGCUAUCUCCGGUUAGCUUGACGCAGCAGGGGAGUCCAAUGGAAGCCUUCGUCGCAGCCCGGAGGAGACAAUCGAGUGCGAUUUAGCUUAAAAAUCAAAGCCAAUUUUGUUAGAUAGCUUUAUAAAACGUGUCUUUUCUCUACGCCCUGGUUUUGCUGCUCUCCUACCUUUGUUUCAAACUCGCUAAUUUGUCGUUGCCGGCGCCUCUAAGGCCUUGUUUAUACUGUGCGGGGCAGCUUGAAUCGGGGAAGCAGGCCCGGUCCUGUGAGUUUAACGGCCGUUGGAGUGUGUUCUGUGCGGAUCAGCCCUUUAGCUCACCAAAGAAUAUGACCCAGAUGCAACAAUGACAUCCAGAUUUGGUAAAACCUACAGCCGCAAGGGAGGAGAGGGCUCGUCCAAGUUUGAUGAAGUUCUGUCCACCAAGAGAGGCACCCUCAGUACCAAAUGGGGUGCCACUACCUACAAGGCCAAGGUUUCGAAGCGUGUUGGCGCUCCCAAGAGUGACUCUGUCCUGGAGGUGUAUAAAAGGCCCCGUCUGUGUGGUGAUGGCUCAGAGGAUCCAUUUGGCUUUGACAGUGAUGAGGAAUCCAAGCCGGUGUCAUCUCGGAGCAGCAGCAAGUCAUCCCCCGCCAAGCCGGCCUCAGCAGAGCCUCCUCAGGCAGAAAGACCGGGUGCUUCUUUGGACACGGGGAGCAGGUCAAAUCUCCAGGAGUCAUCCCACAUCUUGGCAUCCACUCAGGAGGUGUCAUGGCAUGACAGGAGCCAGCCCAGUGUGAUGGAGGACACAGCAUGGUUCUUCAACAGCAGCAGUGCUACCCUAGGAAAGUCCCAGCAGAGCUCCUCACUGUCAUCAGAAAACCACCACAGCUACUCUUGGUACCAAAAUGCUUCUGAGAGUGACAAGAAGCCCCUGGCACAGACCAUCACCCUGAAGACAGGGUCUAAGGCAGAGUCCACUUAUGACUCAUGGGAUGCUAUCAUGGGCUUCCGUCCGCCCUCACCCAGCCAGGAGCCCCGCAACCCUGCCCCCACGCUCUCUUGGGCUUCAACAGGUGUUACUGUAGGCAGCUGUGACCUGGGCCAGACCCGGCAUGAGAAGCCCCCCUCUUCCCUACAGCUGCAAAGGCUCAGUGAUAGCAAGGACCUAGGGGGCGACUCUGACUUACUUCUCGAGAUGUCAGACUACUCCCACACAUCUUCCUCUUCAUCGCUUGUAAGGAACUCUAACUGUCGGACUUACAGGAGGCCUAACAAACUGGGCUCUGACAAAGCGUUGGACUCCAGCACUGUUUUUGGUGUGGAUAUUCCCAAAUCCUCUACUGACAGCAGUAAUAAGGCAGCAGGUGGUGGAGGGGGGCGGGGAAGGGCAAGAGACUACACAGUGCUGCAUCCCUCUUCAAUGUCAAUGUGUAACGUCACAAUCCAAGACCAUGGGGUGGAGGAGUUUAGCAGUGAUGUAGCACCCUCUAGUGGUGGUAGUAAUACUGCAGGUUCUGGCAGUACGGCAGAACUGGGAGAGGCGGGAUGGCAGCGGAAGAAGAUGGAACAACAGAGCACCAGGUUCAGGCAGACCCAGACUAAGUCAAAGAAGGACAGGAAGCUGGACCAGUUUGGUUUUGAAGACGCAGACGCCCACCAGGAGGAGAACAGUGGUGACAGUGCAGACGGCAGAUCCAGCUACAAAAUCAAAUACUUUGGCUUUGACGACAUGAGCGACAGUGAAGGCGCUGACGACGACAACAGCAGCAAUUCUAACGAGAGGAGGAGGGCCGAGAAGGCCGCUGUUGCCAAGGCGCCCCCAGUGGUUACCGUGGAAGAAACACUGGCUGAUGACCUGUUGGAGCCAUUUGAGAGUGUGGAAAGUCGGGAAAGAGAGAAACCUAAGGAGAAAAAGAAGAACUCUGAGAGGCAGGAGAGCCGGAUACGAGCAGAAGUCCUGGACUUCUCAGAGGAGGGCCUCAGGGUGGUCACCGGGGCUCUGAGGAGGCCGCCUCAGGGCAAACCAGCUGAGAAGAACCCAGACACCCUGCGAAGGAUCUUCAGUGCACACAAGAAGUCUCCCACCAAAGCAGUGUAUAAUGCCAGACACUGGACAUUGGGGAGUGAAGAGGAGCCCCCUCCACCUUUCUACUCACGAUCACAGACGGCUCCUGCGGCAGUCUCAUCAGGAGGAAGCAGCAAGGAGCCCUCUGAUGCUCAGAAGGACGAUGGAGUUUUCAAGGCUCCUCCUCCUCCCCCCAAGGUCACCAAGUGUGUCACUGUCCCCACAGAUCCUUACCAGGACACUGUCACUGCACUCAAAUGCCGUAAAGAGCACAAAGAGCUGUAUACAGUUGUCCAGCAUGUGAAGCAUUUCAAUGACGUGGUGGAGUUUGGAGAGAACCAGGAGUUUACUGAUGACUUUGAGUAUCUGGCUACUGGUUUGAAGAGUGGACAACCUCUUAACACACGAUGCCUUAGUGUCAUCAGCCUGGCUACGCGCUGUUCCAUGCCCAGCUUCAGGAUGCACCUCAGGGCCAGAGGGAAGGUGGCCCAGGUCUUCAAAACCCUCAACGACGCUCCCCAACACCCGAACCUGGCUCUGUGUACAGCCUCUCUGAUGUACAUCCUGAGUAGAGACCGGUUGAACAUGGAUUUGGACCGGUCCUGUCUGGACCUGAUGAUACGGCUGCUGGAGCUGGACCAGGACCAAGGGGGCGGGGGCGGGACAGACUCCACCACAGACUCCACCACAGACUCCACCCCUCAGUUCAGUGCCAGGGAAAUCGCCAAGAUGAAGGAGAAGAUCAGGAAGCUCUGUGACACUGUGCACAACAAGCACCUGGACCUGCAGAACAUAACGACGGGUCAUUUAGCAAUGGAGACGUUACUGUCCCUGACUUCAAAGCGAGCAGGAGACUGGUUCAAAGAGGAGCUGCGGCUGCUGGGAGGACUGGACCACAUAGUGGAUAAAGUGAAGGAGUGUGUUGACAACCUAAACCAGGAGGAUGAGAAGGAGAAGCUGGGUUCUUCUCUGUGGGGAGCUGAGAGGUGUUUACGGGUGCUGGAGAGUGUGACGGUCCACAACCCGGAGAAUCAGAGUUACUUGAUCGCCUACAAAGACUCGUCACUCAUCGUCUCCUCUGCGAAGGCACUGAGGAGGUGUGAGGAGAUGAUCCAGCGUUACAGCACGGAGGAGAGCUCAGACAGAGCUGUGGUUGGGAAAGCAGUAGAGAACUGCAUGAGGGCCAUUAUAGGAGUCCUGCUCAACCUGACACACGACAACGAGUGGGGCAGCACGAAGACAGGAGAACAGGAGGAUUUAAUAGUGACGGCUCUAAACUGUGUUCUCAAAGUUCCUCAGUAUCUUCCCCAGGAGCAGAGGUUCGACAUACGUGUGCUGGGUCUGGGUCUGUUGAUCAACCUGGUGGAGUACAGUGCCAGGAACAGGUACUGUCUGAUGGAGAUGGAGAUGGAGGGAGGUCAGGGCCCCUGCGACUCCACCGUCCUGCUCAACCCUCAGCACCAGGACAUCACCAGUACUGGCCCACUCAGUGCCAUCGCCGCACUCGUACAGCUUUUCCUACAGCGAGAGCAGGCUGCUGUCCUGGCCGAGGCGCAGACUGAUGACCUCAUCAAGGAGGCACCCAAGCCUGCGCUGGACCAGAGCGGGGAGUGGCAGGAGACAGGUGGGGAGAUCCAGUGGGUUGCUAACGACAACGACACCAACUCUGACACACAGGAUGACAGUAAGAAGAAGGAUGAGGAAGAAGAGGAGCUCGACCUCAACAAAGCUCUGCAGCAUGCAGGGAAGCACAUGGAGGACAGCAUCGUGGCCUCCUACACAGCACUGCUGCUGGGCUGCCUCUGUCAGGGGAGCCCGUUGAAUGUGACUACUGUGAGAGAGAACCUGCCUAAAGGAGAUUUCUCCAUCAUGACAGAAAUGCUGAAAAAGUUCCUCAACUUCAUGAACCUCACUUGUGAUGUCGGCACCACAGGACAGAAGUCCAUCUCCAGGAUCAUCGACUAUCUGGAGCACUGCUAGAGAGAAGCCUGUCUCACACACAGACACACACACACACACACACACAGACCAUGACCAUCUCCUUCAUCCCCAUCUGACCUUUUCUCUGUUCAAACACACCAGACAAACACACAGCGUCACCUUUAAGUUCACGCUGUGACCAGACAUCCACGUCAUCCUCCAGUUAAAGGAACUUCCCCGUUUUUAUGGCUUCAGCUUAGAGACUCCAACAACAUGACUGUACCUGACCUUACAUUUUUGACUUCAUGAGACACGAUGGCCCCCACUCCCAUCAGCUAUGAUCACUUUUUUUAUUUUACUUUUAUUAAAGAUACAAUCCAAGUCAGUGUUUUAUUUUAUUUGUAAGAUGACCAGACUAUUUCACCCUUCUGUUCAUAAACUUUCAGUUUUCAGCGUUUGAAAAAUUCUUUUUAAAGUCCCAGUUCGACUCUCCUCUCACCUGCUGACCCGCUCUCUUGUGAAAAGUUCCCGCACUGAGUCUCGAUCGAUGACAUUGGAGUGAAGCUGCCAUUUUCAACAGUCUGCCCCGAUAGCAGACUCCAUCCUCUGCUCUGCCUCUGAAGCCGAUAACUGCCAGAACAGCUCGAGUUGUUGAAAAAGAAAAAACAAACUGGCCAUCACACUUCCCUCCAGCUGCAGCCUCUUCCUUCUCUUUCUGCUGCUUUGACCUCUUGUCUGUUGGAAGGAGGCAGUUUGAGGCAGAGAAAUCAGCAGUAUUGAUCUCUUCUGGCCAAAAAGCACAGAAAUGACAAGAGUUUAGACCCUGAAUUGCAGGUGCUUGUACGUUAAGGUGGGAUUGCUGGUAAAUGUUUCCACAAGAUUUGUUUUUAGGCCGCUGUCACCUGGAAACUUU